AUCGAAGUGCUUAUGGUGGAGAUGCAGAAUCCAGACACGGGCAUCAAGACGCAGACGCAGAGAGUGAUGAUCACCACCAUCCCACAUGCUGUGGCAGGUAAUGAUAUAUUGCAGUGGAUUCUCCAACGCUUGCAGAUCACUGAGGAAGAGGCACUCCACCUGGGGGACCUGUUUGUCAAAUACGGAUACAUCUACCCCCUUCAGGAGCCAAAGAAUCUCACCCUUAAGACAGAUGGCAGCCUGUACAGGUUUCAAACCCCUUACUUCUGGCCUGCGCAGAGCUGGCCGGCUGAUGACACAGACUACGCAAUUUACCUAGCAAAGAAGAACAUUAAGAGGAAAGGGAUUUUAGAAGAAUAUGAAAAGGAACAUUACAACAUGCUCAAUCAAAAAAUAAACUACAAGUGGGAUUUUGUUAUUAUGCAGGCCAAAGAGCAGUAUAAGGCAGGGAAGGAGCGGAAGAAGGCGGACAGGUACGCCCUGGACUGCCAGGAGAGAGCCUACUGGCUUGUGAACCGAACUCCUCCCGGCAUGCUAGACGUCCUAGAGUAUGGAAUAGACCGCGUAACGGAUCCCAAUGAAAAUAAGAAAAAAACGAUGGAUGUUUACAGGAGAGAAAUCAUGUACUAUCAGCAAGCCAUCAUGAAGUCCAGAGUGAAAUCUUCGGUCUCUCUCGGAGGGCUUGUGAAGUACUCUGAGCAGUUCCUCUCCAAUGAUCCUAUCUUGUCUGGAUGUCUCCCCAGCAACCCCUGGAUAACAGAUGAUCCUGAGUUCUGGGAUCUCAAUGCAAAACUAGUGGAAAUCCCCACCAGAAUGCGUGUGGAGCGAUGGGCCUUCAACUUCAGUGAGCUGAUACGAGACCCGAAAGGUCGGCAGAACUUCCAGCUCUUCCUGAAGAAGGAGUUCAGCGGAGAGAAUCUGAGUUUCUGGGAAGCCUGUGAGGAUCUCAAGUAUGGAGACCAAUCCAAGGUCAAAGAAAAAGCAGAAGAAAUUUACAAGCUCUUCCUGGCUCCAGGAGCAAGGCGCUGGAUUAACAUUGAUGGCACAACAAUGGGCAUCACGGUCAAAGGCCUCCAGCACCCUCAUCGUUAUGUUUUAGAUGCUGCUCAGACCCACAUUUACAUGCUGAUGAAAAAGGACUCCUACGGCCGCUAUUUAAAGUCUCCAAUAUACAAGGAAAUGCUGGCCAAGGCUGUUGUGCCACAAGAGACUGUCAAAAAAAGCUCCACUUUCCCAUUUGGACGCCGUCACCUCCGCUCCAGCCCCAGCCCUGUCAUCCUGAGGCAGCAGGAGGAAGAGGCCAAAGCCAAAGAAGCCGCCACGACCGUGGACAUCACGCAGGUCAUGAGCAAGCUGGAUCGCAGGAGCCAGCUCAAGAAGGAACCUCCCAAGUAG